CGUUCGCGUCGAGCCGUGCCCAUGCUACCAGAGACGCAAUAGGCGACGCCUUCCCCGCACUUGCAGUCGGACGAGGGGCGACCCGCGAUAUAGACACGGCCGCUCUGCCCUCUUGCGCGCCAGCCAAAUUCAACGCGUCCCACAGACCCUGCGAGAGGAGUACUGCGCCGUCGUCCGCGCUGUCGCUGACGGGGGAGAGGGCGGCGGGGACGGGGCGGGGGUGGUCGAAGAGGUAGUCCAUGCGAGCGACCAGCGUGGGAAUCCCGACCCCGCCCUUCGUCUUCGCCACAAUUUUGGCAAAGCGGCUUAUUUCCGCCUGCGCUCUCGGAGUCCUCGCUGAAAACAUACGCUCGCACACGCCGCUUACAUCUCGCGGCUUCAGUGAUACUUGCGAGGCUCCCUGCGCUGUUUGAAGUCAGCGCCACACUUUUUUGAAGACCCACUAAACUUGCGAAAAUGAGUAGAGGAGGCAGAGGAGGAGGGUUCGGAGGCCGUGGCUUCGGAGGAAGAGGGGGAGGCAGGGGUGGCUACGGUCAGCGGGAUGUAGGACCUCCAGACACAGUCCUCGAGAUGGGCUCCUUCUUGCACGCAGUCGAAGAGGAGAUGCUCUGCCAGUCCGUCAUGCCGGACAAGGUCCCUUACUUCAAUGCGCCCAUCUAUCUCGCGAACAAGUCCGUCAUCGGCAAGGUCGACGAGAUCCUCGGCCCGAUCAAUGAGGUCUACUUCUCCGUCAAGAUGGAGCAGGGCAUGGUCGCGAGCAGCUUCAAGAAGGGCGACAAGGUAUUUAUCGGAGGAGACAAGCUCUUGCCAGUGGAAAGGUUCUUGCCAAAACCGAAGAUUGCUGGUGUAACAAGUACGCAUAACAUCAGUCCUAGAAUCCUUCAUCGUGCUGACGAUCUCUGCAGAACGAGGUCGUGGGGGACGCGGCGGCGCAGGUGGACGAGGACGAGGCGCACCAGGCGGACGGGGUGGCUUUUCACGAGGAGGCCCCAGAGGCGGCGGACGGGGCGGCUUCCAACCAAGAGGUGGGUUCAGCGGCGGCCGCGGUGGUGGUCGAGGUGGGCCAAGUCGGGGGCGUGGUGGUGGCUUCGGUGGCGGCGGCUUUGGCGGUGGUGGUUUUGGCGGUGGAGGCGGACGAGGCGGCAGGGGUGGUUUCCGUGGUUCAUAGUAUCUGUUGGCACGUUGCGCGUGUUGCGUUUCGUUACUGUGCUAUAUGUAUAUCAUUCCUUUCUCCUCUGCUCUGUUGAUGCAUUAAGGUCAGACGUGUGGUACAUGGUGUUGUAUCGAUACAGGAAUUAAGACAAGUGAACGGUGGGUGGUGGAAUGAGAUCAAGAUUUCAGAGCUUUGAUUUCGGCUGCGACGACCUGAACACGCUCUGAGCGCUCGGAUUGUAGGGGGAUGGA